AUGGACACCACCCAGGAGCGGCAACGCCAUACCACAAACUCCAUCGCAGAGCAGGAGCUGUUCUUCACCCAGUCGUCGGGGUCCCACAGCCAUGGCCAGCCUCAGACUGGCCAGCAGUUGCAGCCUCGGUGGUAUGAUGACAUUAACAACGACUCGCCUGUGGAACCAAGAAGCGGGGUCCCUGCCGUCAACAUCAUCCCGGCUACGCCCACAACCAUUCGCUCCAAUAGCGUGCGCUCAAAUGCUUCCUAUCCCGAGUAUGUCGACCACAGGCAGCAGAUGUCUGACCCUCUGCCCGAGGUGACGGAGGAGGAUAAUAUCUACGACCCGCCAGGCAUCAGGAACAACUCGCCGCCACACGGCGAGUCCAGGGUCCCAGCCCAUGGCACCUCGUCUGCUUAUAACGCCACUGGCUUUGACCAACCAAAUGGGCCGCCUUCGUCAUUCGAUAAAGGGAAAGCCACCGAGACACGUCCAGAGGAAUACAACGAUGCGCCGGGCUCGCCUGAGUACGAUCGUCCGUCUUCCCUCAAUCAUGUCAGGGCGGCUGGACAGCAUCCGGAGCCCGUCUUGCAGCAUCAAAACACAGAGCACUCGGGCUAUAACGAUGGCCCCGCGAUACCCGAUAAGGGUAAAGCCGCCGAGACUUAUCAUAACAACCAAGACCGGCCGGCCCUGCCCGGUCCAAGGCCCGUGUCUACAGAGGUCCCCGACUAUUAUGCCCAAGAACGCGGUGGCUAUGGUGUGAAUCCCGCAGUUCAAGAGCAGGAGGAUCGCGACUAUGCCAUGGCGCUCGCUCUCCAAGAAGAGGAGAACCAGGCGCCUCCUCUUCCGCACCGGUCUAGCCAGCCCGCGUGGAGCAGCAACGGGCCUCUGUCAUCCAACCCCUUUACAUCUCCCGAAGACGAGGACUUUGCCUUUGCUCAGCGUCUCCAGGCAGAAGAGGCUGGACAGUCAGAAGAGUUUCAACAGGCACCACCUCUGCCAGCCCGUCCUCACCCCAAAGCCGUCGAGGAGCUGCUCGCCCAGAGCCCAGUGUCACCCCCCUUCUCCAAAACACCCUCAACAGAGGGCAUCGCGCCUCCCCCCAAGCGUCAGGGUUCAGACUUUGGCAACGACGACCCCUCCAACCCCAUCCACUACUCCCGGGACCCCCACAAGCUGAUCACAUACCUGGUGCCCUUCCCCAAGCCCUGGCUGAAGGCCAAGGCGCCCUCUGACGCCAUCCCUACGCGCUUCCUGAUCUACACGCCCCCGCCUCCGCCGCUCCAGGCGCCGCCCGAGGGCGUCAAGGAGAGCGUCGCGCACAAGGUGCAGCGUAAGUGGCAGAAUGAGGUCCGGCAGGCCAAGACGAGCGAUGCAAAAACGACGAGCUGGGCGGGGUUCAAAGCCAAGUGCACCCGCGGCGUGGACAAGGCGAUGCAGUACACCACUACGAGCAACCUGGAUUACCUCGCGAGGGUCACGCCUUCGCCGAAGCCCCCGUCGUCCAUCUCCCACAAGCUGGCGAUCAAGGGCAAGGGGAAGAAGGAUAAGAAGGACAAGGCCGCCGACGGCGAUGAGAAGGACGGGAAGGAGAAAGGCGAGACGUCCGAGAAGAGGGAUGACACGGAGACACUACUCAACGACCCGAACAGGGGUCAAGAAGGGAAAGUCGUCGACGAGCAGGCGCGGCAGGAGAAGCUCGCCGAGGAGCAGGGCUACAAGGACGAGGAGAAGGGCGAGCACGGCGACUUGAUGGAAGACGACCCGGCCCACGCGUCGCAUGAGACGAAGAGGACGGUCGGGGUCGAGGAGAUCGUCUUCGUGUACUCGCCGUCGAUGAAUAUGACGCCCGAGGCCAUGCGGGAGGAGUUCAUCAAUUCCAUCUUGCGCACAAAGUCCAAGGCGCAGCGGGACGCCAUCAUCGCGACGGGGCUGCUGCCCAUAUCGCUGGCGAUCGACACCCUCAUGAUCGCCGUCUCUGGACUCUUUGAGGUCAACGCCGUGUGGGCGUACUUCACAAUCAAGGGCUCCAAGACGGCGCGUUCCGUCACAAAACGCCUCGCGUCCUCCUCCAAGAAGCCCGAGUCCAUCGAUCCGGAGAAGUCCGAGGCCGAGAUGGCCGAGGAGGACAAGCUGAAGCUCAGCUUUAAACCGGCGAACCGCCUCGACGUCCUCGCGCGGUACCUCGAGGCCGAGUGCCACCGCGUCGACUCGAGAAUGUUUCCCAGAUACACGUCGUCACCUACAGAAGUCGAGUGCCUGGAGGCCAUCGGCUGGUCCCCCGCCCUGACGCGCGGGCAGAAGAACUGGGAGGACGAGGCGUGGGAGGUAAAUGACGUCAAAGAAGACCUGCGGGUGGUAAUGCACAAGGCGGCCAAGGAGUGGCGCAAGUGGUGCGGCCGGUUCGAGAAGAACCCGGAGAAGAGCCUGAGCAAGUGA